AUGAGUUUAGACUUCAAACCAUCCAGAAAAACGAUUAAUUCAUUCCAAAGAUACAUUAACUCCUUAAUUAAUCAAAAUAAUGGUGAUUCUAUCCAGCAAAAUGAUGAUUUUCGCGAAAAAUACGAAAUGAAUUUUCAAGAUUUUUCAAUUGAAAGUUCAAUUAUCAAUGACGAUGUUAGCGCAUUAUCUUCAUUAACAACUGAUACGAAUUUUAGUUUCAAAUCAAUAGAAGUUGGUGAAUUAUUUGUUGAUUUGAUUUCCUUUGCUGCUUUAUGCGGCUCAUCAAACUGUUUCAAUUACUUAUUAGUAAAUGGUAUAGAAAUUACUAACGAUAUUGCAAGAUUCGUCAUUAUGGGCGGUAAUUACAGUAUUUUCGAAACAUGCUUGCAAAAUGGAAUUUCGUUCAGAGAAACAGCAUCAUUUGCCCUAGAUGCGCAUCAAAACUCGAUUUUUGAAUGGAUUGUCGAAAAUUAUAAUUUAGAUUAUCAAAAUGAUAAAGUAAUUCCUUUCUUUAACAAUACAUUAUUCGAUAUCUACUUACUCUCAAUUAAUUCUGAUAUCAAACCAAUCGUAAAACGAGCUCUCGCAAAUAAUUUAUUAUUUCUCAAAUAUUUAGUCGAUAUUAAAGGAGUUUACCUUGAUCAAUCAUCUAUAUUCCAGCCAGCAUUCUUUGAUCAAUACAAUAUUCUUGAUUAUCUCUUAAGUAGAGGUUUAGAUAUAAAUUAUUCCACAAGAUAUAGAAAUAUUAUCACAGAUCCAAUAGAAACAAAGAAUGUGAAGAUGGUAAAAUACAUAAUUGAUCAUGAUUUCAAUGUAAAUGUCUUGGAUACUGAGAAAAAGUCACUUUUAUUUUAUUGUGAUUUAAAUGACGGUUUUGACACUGUAAAUUUACUUUUAGAAAGCGGUGUGAAUAUCAACCAAAAACAGCAAAAUGGGCAGACCAUUAUAUUCGAAUGUAUUGAAAGAGGAUCUAUAGAAAUGGUGUGUUUAUUGAAAAGCAAAAAUGCAAAUUUAGAAAUUAAAGAUUCGAAUGGAAAUACUCCACUUCUUUGGGCAGUUUAUCAAGGAAAAUUUGAUUUUGUAAAAUUACUUGUUGAAAAGUUUAAUGUUAACUUGAAUACUGUUAAUAAUUCUGGAUGGAAUGUAACACACAUUUGUGCAAUGAAUGAUAGAGUUUCGAUGUUGAAAUAUUUCGCUGAAAAACAAGUUUAUUUUGAUCUCCCUGAUAGAACUAAAUCAACACCUUUAAUAAGAGGUGCCGCUUUUGAAAGUAUUGUUUUGUAUCUGUGCGAUAUCGGUGCUGAUAUCAAUUAUAAAAAUAAAGAUGGUUGGACGGCUUUAGAAAGAGCAUGCGAUAAUUGUAGCUUCGAAUCAGCAAGAGAACUGAUAUAUAGAGGUGCUGAUGUAAAUGCUAUUGAUAAAAAGAAAUGGUCUCCUUUGCAUAGAGCUGCUUACAAAGGUUAUUACGAAAUUUGCGAAAUGCUUUUGGCAAAUGGUGCAAACCCUGAUUUGAAAAAUGAUAGUGGAGCAACAGCGGCUCAACUAACAAAUGAUGAUACUUUGAAAAAUCUUAUUGAUCAAUAUUAA